AUGACAGAAAUUCUGAAAACGAUAGAAAGAAACGAAACGCAGAAAAAAGGAAAGCAUCAGGGGACAGACGCUGGAAGCGAGUUCAAUCUAGCUUCCGGCGUUUCAACUGCCAUUCCGGCUUCCGUCGGCGUUUUGUCACCAUCCUCACCUAUUCACGGGAGCUUUAGUAAGAAUAAUAGCAACAACAAUAGCAAACGGAGUACCAAUUCGACCCACAGUAAUACCAAAGCCACUGUUCACAUCAACGGUGUUGCUUUGGAUCAUUUUCAACAAAACUCAGAUGUUGAUGACGAUCGAACCUCGAUGAUGGCUGGUCUCGAAGCUGACUGUCAUAACAGUGAUGUUCAAGGUUUUAUUUCGUACUCUAGUGACAGUAGCAUGAUUGAACUGAAUCUUAAGUUCAAAAAAUGCGCCUGUAAUGAGAACAUCAUUAACAUUUCCAAAGAAAAUUUACAACUUCAGCAACGCAAUCCUGAACAUUUAUUGAGCUUAGGAAAAAAUACAGCAGAAAAGGAAAAACUACCCACCGGCAGCACCACGUUCAGCAAAGAAGGUAAUCGUAAGAAAUUGCUACAAUUAAACAAAGACAAUUUGAACAGUUUAGUAACAAAACUAAACGAUACGAACAGCUCAUCGUCGUCAUGUACAAAGUGUAGAUUAUCUUUAGAUAUUAAAAAUAUUUUAAAUCAGGUCGUUAGCAAUAGACAACUGAAACAUGAUACACAAUUACAGCCAGAUCAAAACAAGCAAAACGUAUUAGUUCCCAUACCUGGCAAAGCAGAUGCAGAGGUCAACGUAGAAUGCAAUCGAUCUCUGCAGGUAGUAGAUACAUUUGGCGAAAGUCCUUCCAAGGCUGCCAGUUGGUCCCCAUUGCUUCCGUCUCCAUUGUCUGUUACUCCAUCUGCAAGCGUAGUUGGUGAAGACAUCAAAUGCCUCCAGCGUCGCCACAGCGAAACUGUCGAGCGCAGGUCCAUCGGUGUUCAGCACGGACUACGUUCUGGAUAUCGAAAAAGACCUCAGCUACGUAAAGGCAAAACCCAGGUAGAGGAAAUCAUUGUUAUUUCUGAUGAGUUUCGUCGACAAUCACUUUCUGACCAAAAAAUUAAAAUUCAUCGCACAAAGAAAAAUUCAAAAUCGAUGGAGAGUAUCGAUCAGCAAGGAGAAAAAAUCCACAGCGCACUCGGUGUGAUAGAGUGUUUACACCUGGAGGAAGAUACUUUGACCGUUGUGGUGGACCCUAAUAAUACAUUGGGAAACGGUUACCAUAAGUCCAAAUCUGUAGAUGAUAUUUCACUUAACUCCAACCACAAUGAGGACGAGUUUGCACCAUUAAGAAGCAACUACAAUACCGCAAACAGUGUGGAACUGGUUUUUAUUUCGGAUGAAUUCGUUCAGCGAAAAAGUAAGCAGGAUGUGAUCAUUGUCGAUACCAACCCAAAAUCUUUAAAGAGGAAGAAAUCAACACAUAAAAAUGUAAUCAUCAUACCCGAUGACACUACACAACAAACAUCCAAUACCAGAAGCAGCGUGAAAAUCGUUAAAAGUGCAUCGCUUAAAUCCAAAGAUCCACACCGGAAGACAACCAUAUCCAAUUCGAACAGUUUUUUAACCUAUGAGGAACCAUUUUCGCCGGAGACAUUAGAAAAUAAGGACAUUGGCACGAUGUUCACCGAAUCAGUAUCUAAUGAUGCUAGCAAGUAAAACAAACCUUCAGUAAUCAGACAUAUUUUUCUGCAAGAUUUAAUUUGCUCUGAAUUUUCUGGUUUAUUCUAUUUUCAUAUUCCUACGCGAAACUUGAAUGAAUACCAAAUGAUAUUUUAGUCUUGUUGGUUUAAUCUUGCAAAUCUGUUAUUGAAGGAAAUCAUCUCGUUUCUUUACACUCGAGUUAUGCUCUUGUACCGUUUAUCACUAGUUUUCAAAGUUUCAAUAUCUACUUUGUAUGUACAUGCAAAAUUUGGGGCAUCCAAGGUAUUUUAAAUUUUAAAUACAUGUCAGAUUUAGAGGUAAUUAUAUCAAAAUUAUUCAACUACAUUCGGCUGAUACUUCAACAAAUUCGAUGCGGUAAAAAAAUUUUUUUCUAGAACAGAAAACCUGUUUUAAUCCACCUAGUAGUGUAAUGAUGCCUUUUUCAUAUCUCCCGUAUUAUCAUAUAUAAAUGUGUGGUAUUCUUCAAAAUAAUUUUCUUUGUUCCUUCAAAAACAAAAAAGGUAUGUGUCCAUACUAGUGUAACCUAUAAAGUGAAUAAAUACUCAGAUGGGUUAAGCCAUCCUUAAGAAAAAGAAGUGAGUCCAACUAUUGCAGGUACUUCCGAAACCGGAAUCCGCAAACUGGUAUAACAGAAGUCGGUACGAAAAAUGUGACUAGGAUGAUUUUCUGAGUCUAUGAACACUUAACUGACAUUUUAGGAUGUACUGAUUGUCUAGUAUGAAUUGAUCAUUAAAUUUCACGUUUGCUGAAACUGACUUUCUAGAGCUUGAAAAUUCCCAUAAUUUCAUAACUGACCCAAGACAUCUUAUCAAUUAGUUCUCAAACUGUGUUGUUGCCUGGAGUUGUGACUACGAACGGAUCGUCAGCACCGGUUUAAUACCAUCCAGUAGAGACGUUCACUCACAAUUCCAACGGCACGAAUCGAAACGAAAGCCAACGUGAAGUCUGAAUCUUAUUUAAUACUACUCUAAAUUCUAGUUCAAAUGUAAAAUACUACUGCACUUAACUUGGAUGGGUGGAUUUUUUCCAUUAUUAGGGUAUAGAAACAAAGCUAUGGAAUGCAUUAAUCUAACCGAUCGAUCCGUCCACAUUUUCAUCAACUUUUUUUUUUCAUAAAUACGUUUAUUUCUUAAGGCAGUUUACAUAAGUUUUUCUUCGCCGUAGAAUCACUUUUACAUAAAAUUCUUAUCCUAAUAUAAUUCUAAAAUAGUCACAACGAUUUAAAUUUAUUAAAAUAUAUUCCUCUUAUUACUUCAAUAUAAUCUAAGGCCAUUAAUUAUGAAAUCUACUCGGAAAUAUUAUUUGAACCAAACGAUUAACUUCUAUAAAUUAUAAAAUAAGCUGUUAUUUUCAGACAUUUUGUUGAUAAUUUCAUAAAGUAUUUCGAGUUUGUUUGUAUCAUUACAUGAUUUCUAUUUUAAUUUAGCUAAUGGUUGAACUCAUGGUCGCAGCUGGAAUCAGAACUAAGUCUUAAAAGGGUCCUUUAUAAAAUUGAAACUCCAAUUUUCUUUAUGAAAUGAUAAAGAAGUUUCAUGUAUGGAAGGUCACGACAAGCAAGAAUGUCUCGAAUUGGGGCAUUGGAUAGUCUACCUUGAAUACGCAAAGAAUUUAUUAGUUGAGAUCUGACAUCACGAUACUCCACGCAUGUCCCAACGACAUGAUCAAUAUCCCGAUAACCUUCGCCACGAGCACAAUGAUUAGUCUCGAAGAGCCCAAUUCGAAGGAGAUGUGCGUCUAACGUGUAGUUAUUGGGCAUGAGUCUGGACAUCAUACGAAUGAAAUCCCUACUCACAUCCAGUCCCCUGAACCAUGCCUUUGUCGAUAUUUUCGGAAUAAUUGAGUGCAUCCACCGACCAAGAUCAUCUUUAUCCCAAGAAGAUUGCCAGCUGGCAAGUGUUCUUUGGCGAGUCGCGGUAUAGAAUUCGUUGAAAGCAAUCGGUAUCUCAAAAUUUCUUCCUCAAUAGCACCACAUUUGGCUAAACUAUCGGCUUUUUAUUGCCUGGAAUGGAGCAAUGAGUCGGGACCCAGACUAUAGUGAUUAGAUAAUUAUUGUUCAAUAUGUCGUUCAGGCACUGUUUUAUUUUGCCCAAAAAAAACGGUUCAUUCUUUAACUUUUCGUUUGAGUGUUUGAACAGAAUGAUUUUACAAGGAUAAAUUUUUUAAAUAUUACCAUUUCUUUCUUGCUAGUCAUGUUUGAGCGAAUGGCUUCAAUUGCACUCAGACUAUCUGUGAAGAGGAAAUAAUGGUUUGGAGAUAAUGUGACGAUUACAUUCAAGCAAUAAUGAACUGCUGCUAACUCUGCUAUAUAAACAGAUGCAGGUUCUUGAAGACAUUACUGUUGAACAUACCAAACCCUGUCGCUUCUUCAAUUCGCGAUCCGUCGCGAUGCAUGGAUAUAUCGAAAAAUAAAGUUGAGUCAGGGACAUUUAUUAGGCUGACACGGAUAGGAAUAUAUCUUGAAGGGUUUAUUUCCUGGGACAUAUGGUUAAAAUAUACUGUCAUGAAUCUUGUUUGAGAUUGAAGCUCGACCAGCCUUUCGAAGUUAUUAAUAACCAGGGGAUUCAGUACUUCACAUUUUAUUAGCACACAGGUAAAAAUAUUUUGUGAAUUUACAUCUAUUUUCAUGCACAUAUUUGGAGCAGGUAAUUAAACAUAAAAUUACUUUACAAUUCUGUACGUUGGAAUAUAAUUUGAUCGCAAAAUAAGCGUUAAUUGAAAGAUACAGUUAUAUUAAUUGAAAAUUCAUUGCAAUCCAAUUUAGUUUUGCACCGAUGAAGGUUUUCAAUCAAAUUUUCGAUUCAACCCAUGUCUAUUCCAUGUUACUAUUGAUUUACAUCUCGUGUGAAUUUCAUUAUUUCUUUCUGUGCAGUCGUGAUGAAAGCUCCCAAAAGCGAUCUUUCAAUGGAAGAACUCCCGCCGGAACUUCAAGACUCAUUGUAUGUGUCGAAUGCAUGCAGUCUAAGGCAUAUCAUCAACUUUUGUUUCAAUGGAACUCUCAAAAUCCCAGCGUCUGCCAUAAAACUAAAUCUUAAAUUCAUGUUUCGAAGUUAUAGAUUUGAUAAAGUACUUUGUCAUCUACAUGAAUUUUUAAGAUAGACUUUAAAAGUACGCCAAGUGAUGGAAUGAUAUGUGCAAGUUAUAUAGCGGAUGUUCCCAUAUUCUUUGGCUGCUACGUUUAUGCUAUACUGAUUGAAUCCAUUCUUUAUGUUAGCGAUGAAAUCAGUUUGAUUUGUAUUCAUACUACUCUUGCAUUUUCCAAAAAUAGCUGCUUUUCCAAAAAUUAUAAAUGCAUUUGAACUUCAUGGAAAAUUUUUGUCAGUACAAUUGAAACCUUUUUUGAGAAAAUCAACAGCAAUGAAAUGAAAUAUUAGUGGCACGAGACAAGGCAAGUAAAAACAAUUGUGAUAUUGCAAUUUCGUGAUUGAAGUCCGGAGAACUGUAUGUAAAUUGAAUUCUCAAUUAACCAAACGUUCGUAUAAACGGGACAGAUUACGAAGCAGUUUACGAAGUUCAUGAAUAGUUUUCCAAGCAGUCCGUUUUUAAGUAAUUAUCCACACUUGAAAGUUUGCACGAUGUAACCGAACGAACUUCUAAGCAGUAGGGAUGUCCGAUACCAAGUCGAUACUUUGCGGUAUCGAUACUUUUUUUCGAGAAUCGGGUAUUUUUGGUAUCGAUAUCGCAUUAGAGCAAUACUCUUAGUAUCGAUACUUUAGGCCUCGAUACUUACAGUAUCGCAACAGAAGUCAGUUCCCAUUACGACGAAACAUUUGUUUUGUUUUAAUUAUAGAGGCUUUAACCUUAAGGUCAUUCGCCUCUUCAAGCCAGAAAAGGGUGGGAAUCGAAUCCAGGUGAGCUGCAUGAAAGGCAUCACACUGUACCCGUCCCCAAUGAAACAUUUUUAUUUCUUCUGCUUUGGCGUAGCGCCAAGCUCACGCAAGGAUUGGUACGGCGUGGACUAGCCGUCGUUGAAAUUCGUUCUUGAAUAUCAAUAAAUCACACGUUAUUUUAUCAAAAUAACGUAUUGAGUACAUUACACCACCUUAACUGUAUAGUAAGUUACAUCAGUCAAGCUGAUGUAACUUACUCAAUACGUUGUUUUGAAAUUUUGCGUUUUAAAAUUAAAUAUAUUUUUUUUCGAAAUGACAGUAUUGAAUAUUAUUUCAUAAUCCUUAUAAUUUGGAAAUAAAUAGAAUUUUUGAAUUCUCCAGCUACUUUAUAAUUUUACUUAUAGUGUAACUUCUAAUUCUACAAUUUUAAAUAAAUUUGAUUUUCGGGUGAGAUAUCAGUCAAAAUAAAAGUGUGGUUUAGAAAUUCCCUACUUUCCCCUACCAGUGAAUUGUACAAAUAUUGAUACUAGCUGUGAUGGUGAACACCAAAAACAACCAAAACGGAGUUCAAAUGUUCAAAUCAACCAAAAUGCGUUAUUGUGACACUAUGAUUUUCGCACAUUAAAAUAAAAGAUGGAUUUGAGUUUUUCUAGAAAAACAGAAAAUAACAUACUUUGUUUGCAUUUCCGCACUUCCGACCUUCCCCCAAAAAAAAUUUACACGCCUGCUUGAAAGGUGUGGUAUGUUCUUUCGCAGACUCAAAUCAUUCUUGUAGAAUUCCGCCAUUUUAGAAAUUACGUUCUUAUGAAUUUUGUCAUAUAUGGAUUUGCGUCAGCAGUAAAUUUCAUAUUUGUUGCUGUGUGCUUUUAUGAAAGAGAAUAAACUAAAAUGUGGUACGAAGGCUUAUUAUUGUACUUCAAAUUUAGUUGUUAUUAACAAACUUUAAGGGGCGGGUAGGGUCUAACACCCUUGAAAAAUCUCUUUUUUUAUAUUUUCUGAUAGUAAAACAUUUCAAGAAUAUUCUGUGAAAUUUUUAAACCUAUCGGUACAAAACUCAGCAAGUUACUUUUUACUUAUCUCAUACUGCGAAGAAGUAAGAGCUCGGCGCACAGGCCCAAGAUUUCUGCAUCAAUUGACUUCAAAACUUGAAAAAACAUUCUUGAAAUGUUUCAUUGAAUAUGUUAGACCCUACGGGCUCCCUUGAUUGAUACAUUGUUUCCAUUGAUUUUAUAAACAAAAAUGCUUUUUUCUCGAAAGCAGGUUUUGAGUGUUCGUGUCCAUCGUCAUUUAAAAACUACUGCACCAAUUAUUUUCAAAUUUUGCACACACUUUCUACAUAUAAAAAACCAGACCCUUUUCCUUUUCGUUGUUUAUUACUUUGGGGAAGUUUCACAGCUACAAAAUGGCGGUUUUUUUUGUGAAAAUCGUAGUUUUCACUUUGAACAACCACCAAAAAUUAAAAAAAUUAAAAAAAAAAUCAAACAGAAUCUUUGGGGUCUAGAAAAACUUCUACUCUAAAUAUUCUGCUUUGAUUUGUUUACUUCUGAUUAGUCUGCGCUGAGAUACGGUGGACACCGCAAAUCAUGAUUUUUUAUAAGCGUCCUCAAAAAUACCUCUUCAUCGACUUAUUUCUCAAUAUUUUUCCACGAAAAAAAUACAAAAUGUUGUUUGAACGAUGCUUUUUAUUGUACAAAAUAUUUGAAUUUAUUUUGUUGAUCGAUAGUUCUAAACAAAACUUGCAAAAAUUGUGUUUUUUUUAAUCAUUUCGACCCCCCCCCCCCCUCCUCUCUGCCUUAACAACAACCAUAUAAAUCUUCGUGAAAAACAUCAUUCAUUUUAAAACAAUGUGCUGGAUAAACUGAUAUUCUUAUUUGUAUGAACCUACUUCGUAAAAAGAGGUUUUGACAUACAUCGAAAGCGAUUUCCGACUCAUUUAUAUCCCAUGGAAACUACAACAAUAUGGGUAUUUUUGGAAGGGGGUUAAAGAGUAGAUUCCGGAAAAUGAUGUUUGAGGUGGUUCAAAAAUCCAAGAUGUCGAAUUCCGGUUUCUUGAUAUUCCUUGAAAACCCUUACAAUAUAGGUAUUUUCGGUACAGGAUUGAUGAGUAGAUGUCAGAAAACGAUGUUUAAGGUGGUUUCGGAAAUCCAAGAUGGCGACUUCCGGUUUGUUGAUAUUCCAUAAAAACCCUUGCAAUAUGAGUAUUUUCGGAACGGGGCUGAUGAGUAGAUGUCGGAAAACGAUGUACGAUGUGGUUCUGAAAUUCAAAAUGACGACUUCCGGUUUAUCGAUAUUUUUUGAAAACCUUUACAAUAUCGGUAGUUUUGGAGUGUAUUUGAUAAACAGAUGCCGCAAAACUAUAUUUGGUGUCGUCUCGAAUUCCAAUAUAACAUCCUCCGGUUUAUCGAUAUGCCUUAAAAACCCUUAAAACAAAGGAAUUUCUGGAACAGAUUGGAUAAUAAUAAACGAUGUUUGACUCAUUCCAAAAUUCAAUUAGGUGACAUCCGGUAUAGUGUUUUCAAGGAAUACCAAGUUCAAGGAAUACGUCAAAAACUUUCAAGAAAUACUAAUAAACCGGAAGUCACUGUUUUGGAUUUCAGAACCACCUCAACAAACCGGAAGUCGCCAUCUUGGAUUUCAGAACCACUUCAAACAUCGUUUUCUGACAUCUACUCAUCAAUCCCGUUCCGAAAAUGUCCAAAUUGUAAGGGUUUUCAGGGAAUAUCAAGAAACCGGAAGUCACCAUCUUGAAUUACAGAAUUACCUUAAACAUAGUUUUCCGACAUCUACUCAUCAAUUUCGUUCCGAAGAUACCCAUAUUGUUAGGGGUUUUUAGCAAUAUCAAUAAACCGGAAGCCGCCAUCUUGGAUUUUGAAACGUGUCCAAAUAUCAUUUUCUUGCACUUAAUCUUCACAUCCGUUGCAUAUGAGGCGCGGUUUCGUAGCCAUAUGAUGCGCGGUUUCCACAUUCAUUACACAAAACUUUUUUAACGAAAUAAAUUCCAAAUAACGUAACCUUUUUUAUGAACCAAAUCCCAAUUUUUUACGAACUACCUCUUUUUACGAACCCCCGUUUAGUUCGUAAAUGGAGGUUUCAGUGUAACAGAAGCGUAUCAAUCGAUCUAAAAUUAUCACCCAGCAGAUGUAAAAAUAUGUCAUAUCAGUAAUUUAACAGCUAAUUCAACUGAAUUUGACAUCAUAGUGGGAAGAAUACUCAGAUUCAAAUGUUGAUGUUGAAUUGAUGUGGUAUCAAGUCAUCAUCAAAAAUACUGCAUAUUUUGAUUUACGUCAUGCAUAAUUUUCAAAUUUUGCAGAGUGUAAAAGUUGAAAAUGACAUUACGCGGUAAUUGUAUAUAGCAACUAAAAGAAGUCGACUUCCAAACCUCAAAAGUAAAUUCUAGCACUGCCAAAGGAAUAACGUAACAAUCAUAACGCUGUCUAUUGGUGCACACUGAAAAUGUUUUUUGCUAUCACAACGGAACGUAAUAUGAAUGAUGCUGCUUAAAAGUCUAUUCGCACUUUUCCUCAGUGUUUCGCUCAGUCGGCACGGUUAGUUAAAUUCGGCGAGGAAUAUGGGUGGCAACCAAAUGGAUUUUAUGCCGGAUUCGGCAUUCCAGUACAUGUACACGCCGGCAGCUUAGUCAUCGCCGAUGAGGGAAAAAUCGUUCCGGAUCGUCCCGGAUCGGCCGUCCCGGCAUAGUGCGAAUAGACUUUAAAUUGAAUAAUUUAAUAAAUUUAUUAACCGUAAUUUUUUUCGAGUUUUCAUCUCGUCCGAUAAUUGUUAAUCAUCGUGUUUGUAGAUCCAACACAUAUUUCAUGUAUUUUGACAUAUUUUUAAGUGCUGAACCAUGUAAAUUUACACAUCUGCUUUAAAAGUAGUGUAAGUUCGACACAUAUGUAAAUCAUUCUAGUAAAAUUCAGUCAUUUUACAAAUUACGUUCUUAUGAUUUGAGUCAUAUGAGGAUUUACGUCACCAGUAAAUUUCAUAAUUUUUUGCUGUGAAUAAAGUAUAGAAACGCACUUAAUUGGGAAUAUAUUGAACUUAUUUUCCAAUCCAAAUCGCAGAGCAGCCGAAGGCAUGCACAACUCUGGAAGGGAAAAAAUAUUCUUACACAUGCAAGGCACACGUAUCUACCAACAAAACGAUUAACGAUCCAGAUUCACCGAUAAUCUUACACGAUUGUUAUUUUCCCCCUUUAUUGCAGAUCUGAUCUGAACUCAUCUUAUUGCCGUCCCAAGUAGUAAACAAACAAGACACAAGUGAAUAAUGCAUAAAGUGACUCCUAAAAACCAAAACAUUCUAGCUGAUUAGAACAAUGUGUGUGAACAAUCCAUAUCGUGCUAUUGGCUACUUCUCUUACAUACUUCAUUAUGUAUGAAAUUAAGAUUACCCUGUUACUCAGAUGAUUUCAAACAAUGUCAACAAAAUUAUACUACAGCCUUCAAAAUGCAUUUUCUUCAUCAGAAGAGAAGAGCACGGAAACGUCUUCUCAGCAACGAUGUAGUGAUGGUUCGAAUAAUAACAUUAUUUAGAUCUUUGGAUUAGAUUGAUAAUUUUUUCCUUAUGACUGCAAUUUGCAAUUUUAAAAUUCUAGAAACUAUAAGUAACGAACGCACUCGUAUAACCAAGGACUGUGUAACUAAAAAGCUAAACUAUACUAAGGAUCCCUCGACGUCUUACCUAAAUGUUCAGCGAAAUAAAAAAAAUCUGUCACUGUAUUAGGAAAAUCCUUUCCAAAUAUUGAUCAUCAAAUAGGAGAAGAUAGACGAAGAAAUAAAUAAAAUGUAUCUUGUUGAAGAAAUUGUACGAAAUAUUAUUAUUAUGAAAUACAAAACUCUACAACGGAUAAGUGUUUAACAUAAAAAUAAUCAAAUUGAGUUCAAACAGCACAUACACACUAAAAUAAAUCGAUACAUUAUAAUACAAUACGAUAAAUAUAACUACAGUCGAAAAUCAAAAUAACAAACACAGAACACCCACACAUUACAAGUUAUUACUCUAAUCAACUAUUAGUUUUUCAUUGUGAUUAUUUAACGUAAGUAGGAAACAAGGUAGUGUUGAAUAAUUUCACUGCAAAGUAUUUUUUGCGGUAGCACAAGGGCGAACGGUCAAUGUGUGUUUGAGUGUAAUUUUUUUAUCCGUGUCUAUGGAAGUCUGUGGAUGAAUAAGGCCGAUAUUUGACAAUUGAAUUGUGAAAUAAGGAAUUUUUUUUUCAAAUGCUUAUACUUAGUCCAAUUAAAAAAAACACAGAUUAUAACGAUUGUAUAUGAGGUAAUAUUAAACAUUAGUUGUUAGUUGUAUGCAGCAAGGUAAACCCAAGAAAAUAUAUUAAAUCAAUUGUUAUAAAUAAAUUUCGGCGAAUUUUGGUGCAUUUAUUUGAUUUGAUAAAAUCGUUUGAAUCUGUACUUCAAGCUCGACUGUCGAUUUCCACAUUGCAUCCUGGGUUAUUCUUGUCAAGAUUCACAAAUUCUUUCUUGUUACUGGACACUUCUUUAACACGUUAUUUGUUCACAAUCCAAAAAUGUCAAAUUCGUGCGCGCACCCAUACAAUUGACAUGAUAUGUUGAAUGUGAUGCCGUGCGAUGGCGUUGCUGAACUGAAUAUUGAUUUCGCUCCAAGCUGACAGGGUCUGCUCAAACUCAGUCACCUACCUUAUAUCUUACGAUAUUUAUAUGUUAUAAAUUCACCUGAAUGAAUUCUUUGAACAAAUAAAAAAGUAGGGGUGUGUAAUGUCAGAGACAUGAUGUCGUGAAUACGAAUAAAACUGACACUCUUUCUUUAUACUUCCGAAUAUCUAUUAGUUGAUCGAUUGUGUGAAUUGUGCAAGCUUUCCUAUUUUCCACUACUAGAAUUUGAACCGGUACACCUAAACUACAGUACAGAUUAGUUACAUCAAACAUUCUAACACACAAUUAAAUAUUACGAAACAACCAGUAUAGUUCUUAGAUAGAUAAAAUAAUGGUGGUUCUGAAAAUAACCUUUUAUGAAAGCGUUCAUGAUGGAGAGUGACGUGUUGAGUUCGAAUUCCAAUGGAUACCAUUGAGUUCCGAUGGAUACCGCUGACUUCCGUCAUAUAUUUCCAGGCUGACCUGUUGUUCGUGGGUGCGAUACAGAUAUGUGUUCCGUUGGAGUCUCCAGCUGCUUCCACUGGCGGUAGCAGGCUUUGUAUUUCGCUUGGAGAUGCCUCGAUCGCGCCAUAAUCAGCACGUUGACAACCACAGCCAAAUUCGAAAUGAGUCGGUGGUAUGCAUUUUAUAUAGCUUCUGAGUCGGUGGUAUGCAUUUUAUAUAGCAAAUCAGUAGCAAGGUCUACUACAAACUACAACUGGUUGAAAAACGAGCCGUAUACAGUACAGUGAAGUAAAAUUUCGCAUAAUACUUUGGAUAUAUAAUUGUGAUUCUAAAUAGCAGAAUACAGAACUUUAUGUCGAAUAUUUUAUUUCGGAUUUGAAUAUUUCAGUGAAAGAAAGGCAUUCAAAAGGGCCAAAUUGUGUAGUUCUUUUAGAUAUUAAACACUAUUUGGAUAUAAAUUAUAUUAAACACUGUUGCGAAUUUUGCACUGCGAAAUUGCACAAAGCUAAUCAAAUUAUCUCAUAUUUGCACUACACCGAUGGUUUUUUAUUUGCAAGCAAUUUUUACAGCUCUUCAGAUAACAUUUGGAGCCAUUAGAAGGGCUGAUUUUGCAUAAUGCUCCUCAUUGUUGCCAUUUUUUCAUUAUAUUUUGCUCCAAUGCAGCUGGAUUAUGCAAUCGAUCUUCUUUGAACGGAAACUGGCUCUACGACCUGAGCGUUUGAUGUUUUGUACCACGCAAAAUGUCUGCUCUCAUUACUGGUGACUGAUUCUCCCGACGAUCGAAUAGAAGUCCAAAUAAGAGUACGACGUGAGCGUUUCACACUUUAUACUUGGUUUGUUCUUACUGAUGUUGGUGGGAGAAAUUCACCUCGACAUCCAGUUCCGUCAUAAGCAUUAGAAGAUAUGAACGACUUUCAUUUUUUUUUUCAUAAAUAUCUGUUUAUU